AUGCAGAUCGCAUCCUUCAACACCUUAUUCAUCGCUCUAUACGCCCUUUUAGCUGUAUCUCUUGUUUGUGGUCAAACGGAAGUGAAAACUCCCAGUACCACCACUCCGGGCAAAACUGCUGAUCCCAAGCCCAUCACUCCUGAGCAAAAAGCUGAGGGUUUGAAAACUGCUAGUGGUGUACUAAGUUCGGUUUCAGCUGGUGGUGGAGGUUUAGCAAUGCCUUCAGGUAUCUUGAAAGCCAUCGCAGAUGGAGUAGGUCAAAUGGCUUCUGGUACUGGAGCUCCUAAAACCAAACACCCUGUACGUCCGAAGCCCUUAGAAAAACAACAUGUACUUACAAGUUUUCCAGAAUUCAGCGUCAGUGUAGCUAGGCCAUACCAUCUGAUCAGAGGCUCAUUAAGGGCUCUGCAGGCUGCUUUUGAUGCACGCCGAGCAGCGGGGUCUUUCGGAGCGGAAAAUGCGGGCAUGGAAAAGAUGAGGAUGCCGGAUCAAGACAUUACCAGUUGGGCAUCGAGUUCAAGUAAAGAUUUAAGUCCAAUCAUGAAAGUAUUAUUUGAGGCUUUAGUGAUGGCAGUAGAGCGCCCAAGCCCUACCUUGUCCUACUCCUCACUUAGAAAGGCUCGUUUCCCGAGGCUAGCCUUACAACUUGUUUUCGCCAUGGCAUGCAAUCUGGAACGUCUUCUCAGAGCCUUGGCAAAAGCUUUUCCUAUCAGUGUUGGAGAUGGCUCCGCAUCCCCCCCGCCAGCUCCCGUCAACAAUGCGGCACCUACCACCUCACCCGGUGCACCUGAAAGUGGAGGCUUUAAUGCUACUGAUAUGGCGAAAAAGGCUAUGAAGGCAGCAACCGGAGUCAUGAAUGCAGUUUCAGGAGGUUUGACUGAAACUAUGGAUGCAGCUACAAAUCUGAUUAAAAAGGUGUCGAAUUAUACCAGUAAUGCGACCGCUCAAAACACUAGACGUUCAAUAACAUUUGAUAACACGAUUCAUCUUGAUUUGGACUAG